UUCCGGGACGCGGUUCCGUUAGAAAUGGACGACAGUCUUCAGCUGGCAGAUGGUGGAUUUACUAAAAAUGUUGCCAGAUCAGGCAGAAGAGCUCGUCCGGCCGCUGAGAUGAACAGCACCGAAGACUCUCGUCAGAGGAAAUCAUCUUCAUCAGUCAGUAACGCAGCGGUGGUCAGUCCUCAUCUUACUGAUGGACCUCCACCGAAGCCGGCGCGUCGGCAGGCAGGAUGGGCGGAGGAGAGCACCGGGUCCGGAUCUGCCAAGUCUGGACGCCGGCCGGCCGCAGAAGAGCUGGAGGACCGGCGACUGAGGCCACAAACCCCCGAGGCCUCCGACAAUGAAAGUGACAUCCCAGUGAUUCCAGACCUGGAGGAGGUUCAAGAGGAAGACCUCACCAUGCAGAUCGCUGCUCCACCUAGUAUCCAGGUGAACAGAGUUAUGACCUACAGAGACCUGGACAACGACCUCAUGAAGUACUCGGCUUUUCAGACCCUGGAUGGAGAGAUUGACCUGAAGCUGCUCACGAAGGUUUUAGCCCCGGAGCAGAAGGUGAGAGAGGAGGACGUGGGCUGGGAUUGGGAUCAUCUGUUCACCGAGGUCUCCUCUGAACUCCAGACGGAUUGGGAUCAAGGAGAGCGGGAAGAUCAGUCUCCACUUCCUGUGGCCUGAGGAUGGAUUUACACCUCAUGUGCUCAGAUAGGAAAAUAUUGUUCAUAUUGAAUGUGUUUCUUGACGUGUCAUUGCUUACGCUCUGUGUGUUUCUCAUUAAGGUUAACCUUGCAAACCCAGAAACAUUGCUUUUCUUAACUGGAUCAAUCUGGAGACAUUUGUCACUGUUUGUAGUUUCUGGAAAAAGCCUAAAUCCAAGGUUAAUGAGCGGGGGAACUAAAAUCCAGUUGAUUGAGUUAAAAUGAACUUUGCACAUCUGAGCAAGCCGGCCUUAUCAUUAUUGACCACAGCAUCGACCAUCUGAGCUCGUCCUGUUCUCCGCUGAGCUUCAUUCUGUGUGGGUUAACGUCAUAACGUGCUUCCUUCAAGUCAGAAUAUCAAAUAUAUGCAUUUAAAUGUCACUAUUUGAAAAAUGCACAUUUCUCAUAAAAUCAUCCAUGAUCCAUAGUUAAUUAUUUACCAUUUGUCUCUGU